UUUCAACACUACUAUAUAACAAAUAAUUUGAGCGGAAGGUAUGAAGCGGAAAAAGGGAAAUGUUAGUAUAGCAAGCAGUAACAAAAGAACCAGACCUCAAGACUCGGAGUUAGGAGAGUUUCUUGCUCCUCUUGGUAUCUCUCUGGGAGCAGACAGACAUGGUUCCUCCAGCGAAGCUGAUACCAUCGUCAGGGAACUGAGUAUUAAACUGCUGGAUACACAGACAAGGGACAACUUCUUUACAAUCCUACAGGACUUCAUUGAUAACAUUGACAAUCUAAAAGUGGCCAUGUUGCCCCUGUUGAAAGAGGACAACACCACCCAUUUUAACAGUGAGUCUCUGAUUAGGAUCCUGCUCCGGGUCCCCCCUCUGUCGGAACCUUUGACCGAGUUGUUACUUGAAAAACUCCCUGUUGUUUCGGAAGACAGAAACUGUAACAUAGCCGCCCUGAUUGUUUCACAGUUACGAUGGAUGAACUCCCUCUCCUAUGACGUCAUAAUCACUAAACUAAACGAAGUUUUGUCGGUGUGUCCGCUUCCGGUGCAGAAAGAGAUGAUAUCAGGACUACCCGAGAUACUAUCAGAUGACCGACACGAGGCAGCGUGUGCUCUGUUACUGGACCAUAUCUCCACGUUGGAUCUGGUGCCGUGUAUCCUAGAGGCACUCAGUGAACUCACGCUCAGUAACAAAAUGCUCGAUAAAGUAUACGAGUCAGUAGAAGAGUUGUUGUCAGCUCUGAGCGCUGAUUCAGUCCCAUCAGCGCUGCGUUUCCUGCUCUCCACAGCUCCUCCUGAUAAAGCAGUCUCCAGCAUUAGGGAACAUAUUGACUUUCAGUCGCUCUGCCAGUCAGGCGAAGGGAUGGAAGCGGAGGGGCUCUCAAUGGAAUGUCUGGAGCAAAUACUAAGGUUCCACAACAAGACCCAAAAAUGCUGGCUAACCCAACUCCACUCGUCCACCAGUCUGACGGUGUUUGACUUGCUAGUCUAUCUGAUACUGUACAGAGUUAAUCACAAACCCAAACAAGUUCUCAGUUCCAUCAGACUUCAUCUCAAGGAGGGAACUCUCAACUCUACCCUCAUUCAGGAGCUGUAUAAGAAUCACGGAAAGACAGCUGCACUUUUCAACACUGAGCAGCUCCGGAUAUCACACAGUUUACUCCUCUCUUACCCUGAACACCCUCUACCUUCUCUUCUCUAUCUCUCUGUUUUUACCCAUGGAGACAUGCACGCCCAACAGGAAGUGAUCGGUUCACUGAUUUCCCACAUAGGUAGUGGGCAAAGCAAGGAAGUAGAUGCUGGUAUCCGUACUUUGGGACUCAUCAAGGACUCUACUGAUAAGAGUGUUGAUAGGUUCAGUUCCCUGUUAAAUGGGCUCCUGGAUUAUCUCAAUACUUUGUCUAUUUCCCAAGCAAGAGAGGUUCUGUACCUACUAGUGCGGAUAUCCUCGAGCGGGUCCUGUAGAACAGUAGAUGAUAUCCACAUUAUAACCCGCAAGUACCUGUCCCAUUCAAGCAACAAACUCCGUAAACUUGGCAUUAUCGGCUCAUGUGCUCUAGUUCAAGCGCUCUCCACAGAGUCAGCAACAAAAGCAAAGUCUUUCCUUGACAAGGUUCAGGGGUCGCUAACACAAGCCCCUGAGCUGGUGGCACUGUUUUACGAUGAGUUGGCUGGGUGUAUCGCUAGUGGGACUGUGAGUACGGAGAUUGUGCAGCUGCUGUAUGAUAAAUCUGUGGACAGGUUCCAGACGGUCUUUAUCUCGAGGGAACCGCUUGAUACUGAUAGUCAGGAGCGAGAUAUACUGUGUCUAGAGGGAGCAGACACGUUAGAAAAUGAUGAAACUGGUCACAUCAGCAUCAACCUCUGGCACUGUGUUCAGUCAGACGACCCAUCAGAACUCAUGACCCUGUGUCCGCUUCUCAGACUUGUUGGAGCGUCCUUGGCAGUCCUGGAAAACAACAGCAUGGAAGAUAUAGACUCAAUCUUAGGAUGCUAUAUCCGCGCUCCACCUCUGGAUGAUAUCAUUUCCUGUGAUAAGUCUACAGUUGGACUGCUGGCACUGAUAAACCUGGUUAUUGAGCAGAUUAAUGUGUUCCAUGUUGAACGGAGACGCUCAAUGAGGAACAAACUUCUCAAACGAGUGAAGUUGCUGCAGGAGCUUCUAGGAAUGUUGAGACAGGUUUCUGUUGUAGAUGGCAUGAUACCAAUGGUGUUUGACCUAGUAGAGGACUUGGGCACGAAUAAGAGCAAGAAGGGACAGAGCUCGAAGAGUGUUUUAGACGAAAGUGAAGCUAACAUUUCGAAGGACAUCCUUUCAUUCGAUCCUGCGAGGAGUGGUACCAUGAAAACAUCAACACAGCUGAACAAGACAGACAAUGAAGCUGACGUCGGAGCAGCUGCUCUAUCAAAACCUAAAAAACAUGUCUCCUCUUGGUCCUCGGUUGGGAAGUUUAAGGGUUUCAUCAGGGAACUUGACAUUCGAACAAUGACGAUUCUAAACCAAUGCACAGAGUCUACGAUAGCUUCAAAUGAAAGUAGUGACCAAUCAGAUGUGCAGCUCUUGACUGUGGGUUUACCGGAGACGUGCAUGAUGUUAGAGGAUCUUCUGUCAAAGUGCAAAUUCAAACUGAAGGCAGCCAGCGUGUUCAGCAGACCUGACAACUCGUUAGGUUUCUCCAGGGUAGCUUCACUGUCGGAAACCAAGUUCACACAACAGAUUCUAGCCAUUCUUCCAGGUCUGUGUCAAACCAUGGAGGAUAACGUGUCUAAAUGUAAAGAUGCAACAGAUGACUCUCAAGCGAACGAUCCAGAUCAAUCUAACAUGAACUCAACUCAAGAAGAAAUAGCUAUGAUGGAGGACAGCCCAUUUAGUGUCAAGAUUUUCGAACUAGUCUUCAGUAUUUUAGAGCUUGUUUUCAGCUGGUCUGGUUUCGCGAACAACAGCCAAAUAUCCACGGAAUGUUUCAGUAUUCUUAGCUCUCGUUCUCAGAACAACACCCAGGGACCGUUAUCAGUUCGCAGAAAACAUGCGCUUCAAUAUCUGCUAAACUUCGAAGAGUCUUGUCAAAGUUUCAGCUCAACUCUGAAUCUCCUCAAAUGUUGCUCUGUCAUCAGCGACUCAACGAACCAGCGUCUGGCUGAUAUCUGUAAAGGUUGUCUCCAGAAAGAUUGGGAUAUAACAGCAGAUGAGAAAGAGAAUAAGGUGAGGUUUAACGAGGGGGUCGGGUACCUAGUCAGCACAUUCCUAUCAAAUUCCUCUGAGAGUAAAGGGGACCUCCUAGACUUCCUGGUAGAGCAACUUGAUGUCGUUGUCAAGAAAGACGAGGACGUAGAGAAGAUAUUCCCCACUUUCAGUCGAGCAACCCUGCCCACAAUUUAUAAGAUCGUUUUGACAAAACUUGUGGAGCACCAGAAAUCUAUUCCCUCUGAUAAAGAGAACGGUUUUGACAUUCUAACCAAUUGUGUUGGGAACUUUGCCAACUUGAUAAACUACAUAAAAGUUGUCAACUCCCGUCCUUUGUUAAGGUCAGCCCUUCUUUUUGGCCAAAAGUUUCUUGAUGGUUUCUUGACCAUAGGACUACCACUUCUUAGCCCUAUGAUCUCAGACAGUUUCGUUGAAGUUCAGAGCAUCUUGAAAAAAAUCCAAACUUCAACCAGAUUCCUUCAUCACGUGACUUGUCACUCCAAGAGUUCUAAAGAUAUUGCCUUGACUGCCAGAGUGCCAUUGCUGAAGAAGUUUUUAGAGGCAUUCGUUCUGAAAGUUAAAGCUAUUUUUGCGCAGCAUGGGUGUACUGAUGCUUUCUGGGUCGGUAAUUUGAAGCAGAGAAAUUUGAAAGGAGAAGAAAUCGUAUCCCAGCAAGUUGAAGAAGAGGAUGAGGAUGAGGAGGAGGAUGUUGAUGCAGAUCUCAGUGAGUUGAGUCUGGACUCAGAUGAAGAGGACAAUAGUUCUCGAACAGGACCUGAUGAAGAGAAUUCGGACAGCAUGUCAAUCGGAUACUAACGAAAGAAGAACUAACUAGUCACAAAUAAAGUUGUUAACAAGCACGUUGUAUCGGUAGAUUUUCUAUUUUACUAUUUCAAUUCCAUGUUUUAUGUAGAAAUCACUAUUUAGGUGGACUUAUUUCCUACGGUUUCUUUUUUUGACCCUGAUAUGACCCUUUAUGCAUCGCGUUACUCGGGUUGAAUUUUUCAAUUUCGUACCUUCCGGUACAUAUUGCUUUUUAUAAUGAUAUAUACAUUUCACAGACGUAAUUUAUUUAUUUUUAAUCAAUAUACAUUUGACUUCAUAAUGCAUAAUGUCGGACGUAAAUUUGAUUGUACUUUCAUACUUUUGUAAUGUAAGUUACAUCGUGAAUCAUAAUGAUAUAAUAUAGUCUGAUCGGUGGCAUUUUUAUUCUUCUUUCAAAGAAUAGUGUUCGCACAAGCCAGUCAUUUAAUAGUAAAUAGAUCAUGUUUUUUUUUUACUUUAGUUCAAUCAAGCUAUACCUACUACAAGUUUAACG